AUGAAUGGAUCAGCAGCGACGGCAGCAGCUGCGAAUGGCUCGGGGAAGCACGAUAAAGAGGCACCACAAGCGACAGCUGCAAUAUUCCGUGUUCAGGGGAAUACGGUAACAACAAGCAGUGCUAAUAGUAGUACUGUUGCUCAGAAACAUCAAUCGACGACACCACUGGUGAAAUCAGAGGUCUCGACGAAUCACAUAUCACGAGAAAAGAGGAAAUCUCUUGGAAAAGACGAUAUAAUGAUAGAAACACUGAGUUCAGAGCAGGCGGCAUCACAUGAAGUCGUCCCAUGCACUCAUCAACUUCGAACGAAUCUCGAUGAGGGAUUGACGACGGCAGAAGCUACGAGAAGACGUCAAUAUCACGGAUACAAUGAAUUCGACGUCGGAGAGGAGGAGCCAAUAUAUAAGAAAUAUCUAGAACAAUUCCAGAAUCCUUUGAUCUUAUUGUUAUUGGCAUCUGCAUUCGUUUCGAUUAUUAUGAAACAAUAUGAUGAUGCAAUUUCGAUUACCGUAGCUGUCGUUAUUGUGGUUACUGUCGGAUUUGUGCAGGAAUACCGGUCGGAGAAGACACUGGAACAGCUGACGAAACUAGUCCCUCCCACGUGUCACGUGUUGAGAGAUGGAAAGGAAUCAAUGAUGUUGGCAAGAGAAUUAGUCCCUGGAGAUAUUGUAAUGCUCAAUACGGGAGACAGAAUACCGUCGGAUCUCCGGAUUGCCGAGAGUUUCUCACUUCAGAUUGAUGAGAGUUCACUGACCGGAGAGACCGAACCGAAGCAUAAGGAAACCCGUGCCGUUCCCCAAGCCACCAUCGGCACCGGCGCCGACGUCGAACACCUCACUUGUAUUGCCUUCAUGGGAACCCUGGUGUGUGCUGGCCGUGGCCGAGGAAUCGUCAUUUCGACGGCCGCCAACUCGCAAUUCGGAGAAGUGGUGAAGAUGAUGAUGGGCGAGGAAUCGCCGAAAACGCCCCUCCAGAAGUCGAUGGACGAUUUGGGAAAGCAACUUUCAAUCUACUCGUUUGCAGUCAUUGCUGUCAUUUUCUUGAUUGGAAUGUUUCAGGGUCGAAACGUUGUGGAUAUGUUCACAAUCGGUGUCUCCCUAGCAGUUGCAGCGAUUCCAGAAGGACUUCCCAUCGUUGUGGCAGUCACAUUGGCAAUCGGAGUGAUGAGAAUGGCGAAACGGCGAGCAGUUGUGAAGAAGAUGCCUGCAGUGGAGACACUUGGAUGUGUUACAGUAAUCUGUUCAGAUAAAACGGGUACCCUUACGAAAAACGAAAUGACAGCUCAAUCCAUAGCGACGCCUGAGGGAAAACUCGCCGAGAUCACUGGAAUCGGAUAUUCUGCGGAUGGAGGUGUCGUACAGUAUCAAGGAGAACUCGUCCAACAAUGGAGUCAUCCCGAAUUCGCACGGAUUAUCGAAGCUGGAAUUGUGUGUAAUAAUGCGUCGAUUGAAGCGGAUAAACUCAUCGGACAACCCACUGAGGGCGCAAUAGUUGUACUGGCGAAGAAGGCACAGUUGGAAGGAAUCAGGGCACAGUAUAAACGAUUGAGAGAGAUGCCAUUCACUUCGGAUACCAAAUGGAUGGGGGUACAGUGUGCUGAUGCUCAGGGACAGAAUGUCUAUUUUAUUAAAGGAGCCCUGGACCGUGUGCUCGACCAAUGUGGAACGUAUUAUUCGGCGGAUAAUCAGAGGAAACAAUGUGAUCAAUAUUCUCGUCAACAUAUCCUGGAAAUAGGCAAAGAAUUGGGACAAAAAGGAUUGCGAGUACUCGGUCUGGCACGGGGAGAGAGUAUGCAAUCAUUGAUGUUCCUGGGAAUGAUUGGAAUGAUGGAUCCACCACGACCAGGAGCUGCCGAUGCGAUUAGUAUUGUGAAAGCGAGUGGAGUCGAUGUGAAAUUGAUUACUGGAGACGCCAUGGAAACGGCGCAGAGUAUUGUUCUCUGUCUCUUAUUCCAUUCUAAAAGAAUGUCUUCUUCUUCGUUCUUCUUCUACCCAAAAAAUCGUCGUCUCACUCCACUUGAGAAGCGUUGUCUUGACGAUCACUCCCGCCAAAUGGCUCGGAUUAUGAUCUCGACGCAAGAGGAGUUUCAUGCUCUUAGAAGGGGUUCUUCUGAAUCCUCCUCGCCAUCCAUAAUCCCUCCUUUUAUGGUGAAUCGUGCAGUGUCAAGAUCUGUGUCAUCUGGAUCUGGAUCAUCUGGAACAACGACGUCGUCUAGGUCAUCUACCUCUCCACAUAGACCUGUGUCAUCUGAUGGAUCUUCAACUUCAUCUAGGUCAACACCGCUAUCUACCUCUGGAGUUCCAUUGGUGGUCAACCCUUUCUAUGAUCCGUCAUACAGAUCCAAGGUCACAACUUUGUCUACUUCGGCGUCAGAAUCUCCUCGUGCAGUUAAGCUGAUCGCCAAUCCGUUCUACGAUCCAUCAUACGGACGCUCCAAUUCAUCCAUGGCCACUUCUACACCAGCAGAGUCGUCAGGAUCUGGAAUUCCAGUCAAGUUGAUUGCCAAUCCGUUCUACGAUCCAGAUUAUGUCUCUAAAUCGACUUCUUCUUCGGACCUUUCGUCUGGUCCCGAAUCCAUUCUACAUGCCCAACUAUGCCCGUCAAUAAGUCUCCACAGCGCCUCCCUGGGUAUCCUCUCCUCAACGGAUUCGUGUCUCUCUGGUCAACAAGUAGAUCAAAUGUCGGAUCAAGAUCUGGAACUAGUCAUUCGUCAAGUCACCGUCUUCUAUCGAGCCUCGCCACGUCACAAACUGAAAAUCGUGAAGGCGUUACAGGCACUCGGAGAGGUCGUCGCAAUGACUGGAGACGGUGUGAAUGACGCUGUCGCCCUGAAGAAAGCGGAUAUCGGAGUGGCGAUGGGAGUGUGUGGAACGGAUGUGUGUAAAGAGGCGGCCGAUAUGAUACUCUGUGAUGAUGACUUCUCAACAAUGACUGCCGCCAUUGAAGAGGGAAAAGCAAUCUAUCAUAAUAUCACCAAUUUCGUCAGAUUCCAGUUGUCAACAUCAGUGGCGGCUCUCUCGCUGAUCGCCGCAUCGACAAUGUUCAAAUUCGACAAUCCACUGAAUGCGAUGCAAAUUCUUUGGAUAAAUAUCAUAAUGGACGGUCCACCGGCCCAAUCUUUGGGUGUCGAACCAGUCGACGAUGAUAUUAUUCGACAGAGACCGAGAAAUACGAAACAGCCGAUGCUCACUGGGAAACUCAUCAUGGAUAUCCUUGCGUCGGCGGCGAUUAUUGUCGUCGGCACGUUGAGUGUCUUUUAUAAGGAGAUGUCGGCUGACAACAAAGUGACACCCCGUGACACAACAAUGACAUUCACAUGCUUCGUUCUCUUCGAUAUGUGGAAUGCUCUCUCGUGUCGAUCGUCUCGAAAGAUGAUAUGGCAAAUCGGUUUGCGACGGAAUCGAAUGUUCUCUCUCGCUGUCUCCGCCUCUCUGAUCUGUCAACUACUCGUCAUCUACUGGUCACCACUUCAACACAUCUUUCAGACGGAGGCACUCUCUCUUUUUGAUCUCAUCUUCCUGACAACAAUCACGUCGUCCGUGUUCAUAUUCAACGAAACACGCAAAUAUUUCCGCCUCCGAUCGAAAUCACUCAAUCACGAUCCUCUCUCUGUUAGCGGAAUUUAA